AUGUGGCCUUUUUCAACAUAUCCCGAGAAGACAGCGGGUGACGUAGCUGGAAAGACGUUCGACUACAUUAUUGUCGGUGGCGGUACAGCCGGAUGCCUAAUUGCACACCGCCUUUCGGCUACCCCAAACGCCUCCGUUCUAGUUUUGGAUAAGGGUCGCGUCAACGCCGGGGUUCUCUCGCAGAUUCCACUACUCGGCAUCUUGCAGAGCGGGGUUGUCCGCUACCACGCCGAACCCAACGCGCAUUUGCGCGGGCGACAUGUGCAACUUCUGGCUGGCGAAAUGCUGGGUGGUACCAGUCGCGCUCACUCCAUGGUAUGGAGUCCGGGCGGCCAGCCCGAAUUCGACGGCUGGGCGCGUGAGCUGGGGCUGGAUGAAUGGAGCUGGGAGAAGGUAGCCCCGGCCUUUGCGCGGGUUGAGAAGGCAAUUCCACGCAAAGCGACGGGAGAUCUAGGACUGAUGCCGUAUGUAGAUGCGGCGAUGGAAAGAGUAGGACUGGGUGAUGGAGGUGGAAAACGAGGCACCCAGAGAUAUAUCCGCAGCGAGGUCUCGGUUGAUGUAGACGGGAACCGGGUGUCUGCGUUGACGGCGUGGCUGAAUGCAUCGGUUGUGAAUGAGAGGAAAGGGCGACUGACGGUGUGUACAGGCGUGACGGCGACAAAGCUCGAGUUUGCAGAUGACGGCACGAGAGUUACAGGCGUAUGGAUUAAUUCUGGAGGAGGGGCAGAUGUUCUGAUCAAGGCUCAACAUGAGGUGAUUUUGUGUAGCGGCGUUUUCGGCACGCCGCAGCUGCUAAUGCAAAGUGGUGUCGGCCCCAAGGACCAUUUGUCCGCUCAUAAAAUUCCCGUGGUACAUGAUCUCCCCGCAGUGGGUGCGCACUUGACCACCCACAUUCUUGUACCAGUCAUGACAGAGCUACCACUCAAGCACACACUGCAUAUCAUUCAAACGGUGGCUAUCUUGUGGCACUUUUUGUUGUGGCUCUUCUCCGGGACUGGGGUGCUUGCUUCUAACGGUCAAUGGGGCGCCGCGUUUUUGCACUCGGAUACGCUCAACGAGUCAACAAUGACAGUAGUCCCCCCCAAAGACAGUGAGAAGGAGGUGACUGAUCUUGAAAUUUUGAUUGCCCCUAUUAGCACGCUCAUCGAGCACGGUGUCCCCGGAGUGCCCUGCAUGACAUGGUACGCGGCUCUUGUGCAGCCCCAUACCACAGGUAGCGUUGAGCUGUCGUCUAGCUCUGACGCGAAAUCCCCCCUGAAAAUUACGCUCCCACUGUUGGUCGACGCUCGCGACAGCGCGCGGCUGCGUAAGGCUAUGCGGUUCGCUAUGCGGUUAGCAGAUGAGUUCGCGGGACCGGAGGUCGGGUACCCACACCCAGCACCGUUAACGAUGGCUCCAGGGAUGGGUUUGGAGUAUUUAGAUAAUCUUAUGGAUAAGAACAAGAGCAAGAGUGACAAGAGAAGGCUCAUAAGGGCGUUGCCACCACAGAAGGACGCCUGGAGAACUGUGACUGAUACGGAAAUCGAUGAGUAUAUAAAGAGGCUGGUGACAGGGAGCUAUGAUCCUGCUGGUACGUGUCGCAUGAGUCUUACACAGGAGGAUGGUGUAGUAGAUCAGAGCUUGAGGGUAUAUGGAGUGCGCAACUUGAGAAUUGCAGAUGCAAGUGUGCUUCCCCGGUGUGGGGGCGCUUCGAUAUCGGCGUCUAUUUAUAUGAUUGGGGAGCGGUGCGCUGAGUUUGCUAUGAACCAGAACGGCUUUGCUUCCUAG